AUGUCAACAACAACAAUCAAAUGGGAUCUCUAUGACGAUUUGGAACAAGAGCACGAGUAUCUGAUGGAGGAUGAUCAAGAUGGGGAAUACGAUUGGCCAGAAUACAGUAUUCCAAAUAGUGAUAUCGUGCUCAAUCGUAAAGCAUUGCAAGAUAUUCGUCAACAAUUGGAAGAACAACAACAGCCACCUCAAAUCAGGGGAACACUAUCAAUAGUUACAGCAAAGAAUGAUCUUAUCGGAUUAGACAAUAAUCUAAGAAAUAGCGAGAUCGGCAUUGUGCAGUCCAAGGGUUCAGCAUCGAUAACUGCAAACAUCACUGCUACCAAGACAACAGCGAUCACCUAUUCGAAUCAUGCCAUGACUCUGCUGUUGGUUCUGUGCGUUAUGGUUUGGCUUGGAUUUCAAUUCAAGAAACAUCGUUCGAUAUCAGCCGAAAAAUCCAAGCAACUCCCGUACUAUAGUAACCAAAAUUAA